AUGCGUGGCAGCAGUUCAGAAUUAUUGCUGGAUGAGCAGGCAGAAUUACGUCGUCGCAAACUGUUGGAGCUCGGGUUUGGCGCUUCCAGGCGCCAGCCGCAACGGCGAACUUGCCGUCAGCGGUUUAAUUUUUACGCGACCUCGGCACUGGCACUAGUUGCAACCUCCGGUGGUGCUGCAUUAUUAUUUUUAGUUCCGCUUUAUGUUGAUCCUGCGAUAAGCACUCUCGCUGCUGACUUUUCGCCUCACCCUGUGCUCUGUACUACGCUGAGGAGGGAAGAAAUACUGGGGAUAUUUAAUUGCACUUGGAGUUCUUGUCGAGAGGGAUGCACUAGUGAUGUUUACAGAUGUACUCACAUUUAUGUUACUUACUCGCCGGAACUUAAUUUUACCAACAGUAGUUUGUGGACUGACAAAAAUAUUUAUGAUGGUCUAACGGAAGUGGAAGCAGUGCUGAAGGUUAACAUAAAAGGAUGUGGUUACCCACCGGUAGUUGAUUGUGAUAACUUCACCCGCGAGCUCGGCUACGAAGGUGCUAAAUUUCCAUGUCACUACAGCCGCGUGAAUGGGAGCAUAGUGAUGGCUAAUUACAAUCGCGAGGCGCAGCUUGAAAUAAUAAUUCAUUUUUUCGCGGCGCCCUUUGUAGUGACACUCGCGACAAGUGUUGCACUUUGUGUUAUGCACUGCGAUUGCCGAUGUGUGGCACCCUCCCCUCGCCAUGCACGUGGUAUGAGAAAAAUCCGAAUAAAUAAUCUCAGCGAUCAAUCGAUAAGCAAUAGAGUGGACCGAAGAGGACAUCAUGCCCACUGCGACUGCGGAGAAGUUACACGGCCGUUAUGACGAAGGGAGGAAACGGCUGAAAGUGUCAUAGCAACAUCUCAGUCGGACCUCUAACAUUAAAUACUAGACACUAGAUACUAAAUACUAAAUACUGAUUAUUAGAUACUGAAUAUUAAAAAUAUUAAAUACUGGACACUGAGUACUGGAAACUUAAAAAAAUGAAACGUCUACUUGGAUCUUCCACUUGGGUUAAGAAAAA